CACAACAUCUGACAUUUUCCAAAAUGGCGACGCGGUCGGGAAAAACGUUCGAAGAAACACCCGUGCCUGCGAACCGCGAGUCCGAGAGUGAAUUUGAAGCGCUGGUGCAGCAGUUGUCAGGAUGGAGUGACCACGAUUUGACUGACCUAGUGACCAAACGGGUUGUUCCAGGUCAUUGGAAAGGCACACCUUGUUUCGCCCUGAUGGAAGCUAUCCGUUAUACAAUCUAUGCAAAAUGUGAUCAGAGCUGCACCACACUGUUUCCAGUAGUAUUUGAGACUCUGAACUGGAAACCCAAGAGUUCCCUCUGCACGUUCUUAUCAAGAUUGAGACGUAUGGUUCAAAAAGCAAAAUCUCAUAACAUUCACCUGUUGCUCAGCGAGUUUCCUGGAUCACCGCACAGCGCUCACAUACACCCCGAAGUUGGUCCACUUUGUCAGAAGAGUGGCAUUACCAAAGACCAUCUCAUGUCACCAAAGCCUUCUGAUUCAGGUGUAAUCAGUGUUACAAAUGCUAUGAUCAUUGAGCUAUUCAAGUACAGAGAAAGGAGUGGAACCACAUGGGAGACAGUUGCAAAUAAAUGGUGGCCCAAUCUGUUUGACUGUCAUAGACCAUUGGGAACAAUUUAUAAUAGUUGGUGCCAGGUACUUAAAAAGCAUCGGCAAUUGCGCAAAGAAGAACGAACAGAUUUUGAAGCCAAGACAUACACAAUUCCACCACCUAAACCAGCAAGAUGCACUGCUCAGGCUGAUGGAGUUCAGUGUGAUGGAAAAGAAGACCACCAAGAUGAUAUUCUGGAUGAUUGCAGUGAGGUAGAUCUUGAUUGCUUUCCUGAUAGAGUUUCAGACCAUACCAUUGACAGUAUUGUAAACUGUAUGCAACUCCUGGCCAACUUCUACGAAGAUAGUGGUGAAGAUCAUGAAUGUACUAAGCGAGAAUUGGCUGAAUGCAAAAAGAGGGAAAAAAUGUUACAGAGUGCAUAUGAUGAUCUGAUUGCAGCUAACGAUGAUCUUAAACAAUGUCUCAGCAUCCUGAAAAGAAAAAAUAUAGUCCGCAGACUUCAUCGAAGAGAAGAAGAACUGGAAGAAAAAAAUGAGACCAUCCAAAAUGGUUUUGAGUUCAGUCUGAUUUAUUGA